CUCCCAUCACCACCGGCUGCUGCCAGUCGUCCCCCCGACCUCCAGUACCACUCCUCCCUCCUCGACUAGCACACCGCAUCUCCACCUCCCACCACGAUGAGGUCCCCGGCGGUCUUUGCACUGCUCGUAUGCCUGUUGGCCGCCUUUGCUGCUGCCUGGUCCAAGGAAGACCACGAGAUUUUCCGAUUGCGCGAUGAAGUCGCUAAGCACAGCGGCCCCAAUGUUACCUUCUACGACUUGCUCGACGUGAAGCCCUCCGUCUCCCAAGAUGCCCUCCUCAAAGCCUAUCGCAAGAAGUCAAAGGAGAUCCACCCCGAUAGAGCCCGCCGGUCUCUUGAAGCAAAGCGUGUCCAGGAGAACAAGAAGAAAGGCAUAACCGUCACGAAGCCCGCCACCAAAAAGGAAAUCGAUGCCUUCGUCAAGGAUGCUACCGCCGCCUACCAAAGGCUCACUGUAGUCGCCAAGUUGCUCCAGGGCCCUGACCGAGACCGUUAUGACCACUUCUUGCGAAACGGCUUCCCCAAAUGGAGGGGUAGUGGUUAUUACUACACGCGCUUCCGCCCUGGUCUCGGCUCCGUCAUGUUCGGUAUGUUGGUCGUCUUCGGUGGAGGCAUGCACUACUUCUACCUUGUCAUGACCUGGAAACGUCAGCGCGAAUUUGUGGAGCGAUACAUCCGCCAUGCUCGUAAGACUGCUUGGGGCGAUGAUGUUGGCAUUCAAGGUAUUCCUGGUAUCGACACCCCUCCAGCAGCCAAUGCCCAGCAGUGGGAGGAGCCCGAGGAAGAAGAGCAGCAGGAGAUGCAGACUAUGAACCGCAAGCAGAAGCGUGCCAUGGAGAAGGAGAACAAGAAGGACAAGAAGGUUCAGGCAGUCAAGAAGGCACGAACCUCUGGCAUCAGCACCCCAGUGGAGGCGGAGAUCACCUCUGGCCCUCAGGGUGCUAAGAGACGUAUCGUCGCUCAGAACGGCAAAGUUCUGAUUGUCGAUUCCGUUGGCAAUGUCUUCCUCGAGGAGACGACCGCAGAUGGGGUCAAGGGCGAAUUUUUGCUCGACCCCAAUGAGGAGCCCAUGCCUACCAUCUUCAACACCAUGUUGUUCCGCCUCCCCAAGUUCUUGUUCAACCAAUCUGUCGGCCGACUUCUCGGCAACAAGGCCGCUGUCGAAGAAUCUCUCAUUGAAGGAUCCGAUCUUCCCGAAGACGAAGCCGCUCUGCAGUCCGCGACCGCUGCUAACCUCAAUGGCGAAUCCAGGAAGCGCAGAGCCAAGGCCAGGGGAAAGAAUGGCAGAUAA